GGGGCCGGCGGGAGCGGCACCGGGACCAGGACCAGGAGGAGGAGGGAGCCGGCACCGCGCCGCGGGGGUAAGGCUUCUUACGUUUGAAGAUGCCGCUCUUCGGGAAAAUAAUCGUAAUUAAACGGAAUGGGACCGAUGGAAUUCACUUUCCACUCACUGCAAGCUCUUGUUUAUUCGGAAGACUUAAUUGUCUUCAGGAUCUCAACUCUUUUAUCCAAUUAAGGAGAACAGAAUGUGACAUCCGCAUCCAGUUGCCUCAGGUCUCGAAAGAACAUUGUAAAAUCGAAGUAAAUGAAAACGAGGAGGCAAUAUUGACAAAUUUAAGCACAGUAAAUCCCACGCAGCUGAAUGGAAGCUGUUUUCAGCAACCCGUACCUCUGAAGCACGGGGAUGUGUUAACUAUUAUUGAUCGUUCUUUCAGGUUUGAAUAUCCUCUCCAAUCAACUCCAAGAAGGAGGCGUUCCAGAUCUCCAAAAGAUGAAUCACGGCAGGUUCUUCAUGUUCAGCAGGUGGCAGAAGUGGAGUUAUUACGUAAGCAAACUUCAGGACCUAAAAGAUCUGCAGAUCAUUCUGAGUGCGAAGAACAAAAUGCUGACGAAAAUAAACAAAGUACGGAGAAAAAUAUGUGCAAAGCCUUACCAGUUAAGCUACAAACACCUACAUCUUCAUAUAAGAUAAAACAAUCUAUUAAAAAGGAAAAUGAAAUGUCUCCCUUUAGUAAACUCUAUGAAACACUGAAAUAUGAGAUUAAAGUGAAAAAACCUCUGCAAGAAGGAAAUGUACCUGGAAAAGAAGCUGGUAAGGGUGCUCUGCAAGAACCAAGUGCUCAAAUUGCAUCAAGUUGUGAUCCUGUAAGCCUGACUAAAGAGAAAGAAAUUGGCAUAAGUGAAAAUAAUGAAGAAUGUAAAAUGAAACAAGACGUAAUUGGUUCAGAAUUUAAUCAGAUCUCAACGGUAGGAAGUGCUACCAAGAAGUGUUUUACCCGAAGUCCUCGAACUUCUCUUUCAAAGGAGAUGAGAAAAGGUAGGAGAAGUAACUUGCAAGAUCAUAAGGAAGUAAGUACGCCAGGUAAAUCUAAAGGCACUGAGGUGACUGCCAAAACACCCAAACCCAGUAAGGAGAACGACAGAAACGCAGCGUGUUUGCUGGAGCCAUGCUCCAUAGAACGCUUGGGUGAGGUGAAAAUCUACAGCUCUGCAAUAAGAGCAGAGAAAAUAGCACAAAAAACAAAGAUGACAAAUGUUUCUGAAGUAGAUAAACAUGUGUCUACACCAACCCCCAGAAGGAAGAGUCCUCGAUCUUGUUUCAUGUCACCUACCAAAGAAGCUACAGGGAUGGAUUCUGUAAAUAUUGGUACUCCCACAACUCGAGGAGGUGCGUUGUUGGAACACAACUCUCUUUCAGAAAUUUCAGCUGAAAUUCAAAGGGAAGAUUCAGUGUGCAGAAAUGAUAGCCUCCAACAACUGCCUUUGGGAGAAAAUAAAUGCUUAAAACAGAGACGGAAUAGUAAACAACAUACACCAAGAAAAUCGGCAAAAGUAGAAGUGCUGAAAGAAAUCUGUGAUCAGGCAAAUGUGAACACAAAAAAGAGAGAUUCUGAGUCUCCUGUUUCUGAUUCCAAGAGUCCCAGAAGAAAUGUCAGACAAAGUAAAGAAUUUGUAAACAAAAGCAUCCUUUCAGAGACACCAAUUUCAGGAGAGGUAACAUCAAAACUGGCUUCUCCUGCAAGUCAGAAAUCUGGCUCUGGAAGAAAAAGGGGUAGGCCAAGGAGCUCUGAACUGCAAACUGAGAAAGCACUGGAGACAAAUGCAGUUCAAGAACACCACAAUAAGACUGUAGACAGCCAGGACAGCGGAACUCAACAAGAUCUGGCCACCAAUGGGUGUGAUCAGCAAUCAGAUUUGGAAGAUGCCAGUGUUCCAAGACCUCAGAGAUUAUCGUCAAAAAGGUCUUCUGGAAGUGCUAAUGUACUGGAAGGCAAUGAGGCUGUUUCAGAAAUGCAUGUUUCUGACCUGUUGGCUGAAGAAGAAUCAGGUAACACAAAAAGAGUAUCUCAGAAGAGGAAGAGCGGUGAUCUGUUACCUCAGCCUUUAGGAAAGAGGAAAAGAGUGUCCUUUGGUGGUCAUCUAAGUCCAGAGCUCUUUGACAAAAGUUUGCCUCCCAACUCGCCCCUUAAAAGAGGUGCAAUUCCUGCGAGACUGAGCUUACCGUUUGGAGACUCCCCCCGCGCAGUGCUGAAAAAGGCUCAGGGACUGAGGCACUUUGCCGUGCAGGAACUUUCUGUACAAUUGGAAAAAGAAGAAAUGUCACCCAAAAAAAUGCCAGCCCAGACACCCCCAGCUGCCUCUUCCCCUGACUCUGGAAAAGCAACACCGCAGCUUACUAUGAGCUCUCCAGCACCUUACACAAAAGGACGUUUCUCUGUUUCACACGUCACAACACCAUCGCCAAUUGCAGAAGAGCAGAGCAGUGUUGCAAAAGAUAUGAAUACAGAGGAGAAAAAUAGUGGCCAAGUGAAAACACCUACCUCUGAUCAUGUCAGCCAAGAUGAUAAAACCUCAAUGGCAACACCUAACAAAUUAACAAAAAGUUCACAACGUAGCUCGAAGAAGACUCCCCUGAAGAGGAGAAGUGGUGCUGUAGCAGUUAUCAAUUCAAAAAGAAGAAGCGGUGCCUCUACUGCCAAUUUGCUAGUUGCGAAAUCUUGGGCAGAAGUGGUAAAACUUGGUGUUGUAAGACCACAAACAAAGGCUGUUAAAAAACGUACCCAGAAAGGAAGACCAGUGAAGAAGAUAACACAGUCACCAAAGACUCCCGGAAGAAAAAUCAAAGGUCAUUUUAGCACAGGUCAUGCAGAGUCUCCUCCUACAAUAGUUGUAGGUAGAGCUUACUCUACCACUGUUAGAACAGCUGGACAGGUCCCUAAAGUGGUGAAAAAUCCCAUCUCGAAACAAAACUUGAAUAUGGAUGACAGCUUCAUAGGACUGUUUGAUCUCUUUGAAAAUCCAGAAAAUAGGACUGGAAGAAGAUCACCUUCGAGCACUGUUAAUGACAGUGAUGUUACAUCAACGUGCGCCACAAUGGAAACUUCUGAACUGUAUGCUUCUGAAGAAUCUGGAGAGAUGGUGGUGUCAUCAUCAAAUAUCCCAGAUUCUUCAGGAGAGCAACUGGAUUGUCAAGCCAUCUCCUAUUCUCUGAGAGAGAAGGAAUCUCCACAGUCUGUAUUUGAAAUAACAUCCACCAAAAAUCCUGGAAGAGGAAAAGCUGAGUUGGAAGAAGAUCUUGAUGUGGAUAGUGUGUCGAUAAUUGCAGAGAAACAAGAAUCUCAGGUGAAAUUGGCAAGUAAAAGGAAAACUCCAGAUCAGAAGUUGGAGUCGGUUGAGGUUGCGUCAGGCAUUGAGCAGCUAUUAAGGACCCCACAGAAAAAGCCAGAACCGGCUGAGGUCCUGUCGGGCAUCAAGCAGCUCAUGAAGACCCCAAAACAGAAACCAGAGCCAGCUGAGGUCGGGUCGGAAAAUGUUAUGGAUCCAAAGCAAGAAGGUGCUGGAACUCCUUGUGCUAAUGACAGUCGUGAAUAUGGUGGGAAUAAAACUGUUUUAGAAUAUAAAGGAAAUACUUCACAAGGUAAAGAUUCUCAACAGAAGUUGUCAGCUAGUGAAGACCACUCUACCCAGAGACGAACAAGGGGCAGACCAAGGAAGACUGCACAUCCACCUUCAAUAAAGCAGUGUGAAAAGGAUUUGAAUUUAAAAGAACUGCAACGCCUGGAGAAGAAGAGCAUCCAAGAAGAGAUGGGAGAGAUCAGUUCUUCAACUUCAGUAGCUAAAAAUACAAGAAGAGGGAGGAGAACAAAUCCUUGCGUAGAAAAAGAAAUUGUUUCAAAGCAUCCUGAUGAGAAAGCAGUUGAAACUGUUUCACUUGUGGAAACUCAAGCUGAUACUCAAAGACCAAGAAGAGGUAAAACUAAAGAACCAAAGGAGUUAAAACAUCUGAGUGAGGAUCUUGAAUCUAGUGAAAAAGAUUCUUCAGUGCUACAAAAAGAUCCUGCAAAUAGGAAACAGACUUUGCAGGAGUAUGACAUCAAUGACACAUCUGUAACUGAAGACGAUCAAAGCAGAAAGACAGAAGGUGUAUCUAGUAGCACUCAGGAUGAAAAUUAUCAACUGCAAACAGAUCUUAAAAAAUCUGAAAACCCAUCUGACAAAGGUAGUGUAGAAGACAGGGAAGAAACCCUUCUAUCGCAUCAGGAGAGGUCUAGAGGAAUGAAAAACAUGGGAAACACAGAAGCACUGCUUCCACCCAAAAGAGGAAGACGAGCUAGGAAUGAACUGGUUGAACAAGCUUCUUCAGAGGAGCUUCAUGGGACAAGAAGGAAACUUCGUAAAGACCAAUCAGCAAAAUUACUACAAGGUGAUGAGCGGACUUCUGAGACUGCCCCCACAGAAGAAUCUGAAAACAGCCCUAAAAUUGAAGUAAAGGUAACAGAAAAAAGAGGUAAAUCUUCAAGAAAUGCUAGAAAACACCCAGCGGGAGUAAAAGCAGACAUGUGCGGGGUGGCACCUGAAAAUACACAGAAUGUUCAGAAAGCAAAGGAAACUUCAAGUGAAACUGUUACCGAAACACAAUCGCCCACCAAAAAUGAGAGGAAAGUAUCUCUGGGAGAUGAAGCAGAAAAUGCUCAGGAAAAGACUACACGGUCAUCUCAAAGAUUAACAUCAGAGUCACCUUCUGGAGAGACAGAUACAAUGCCAAUUACUGUUCUGAACUCGGAAGCAAACCGAAGCUCAGUACGAGGAGCAAACAGGACUAGAAACAGGAGAGGGAAAAAAGACUCUUCAGAGAAAAAGGGUGAUGAAUUUGCCCAGGAUGUAAACAGCCUAGGUCUUAAGCCCAAAUAUAAGUCAGAAACAGAGGAAUCUUCUCCCAAAGAGUCUUCAGCCUCUAGCUGUGUCGAGCAGUCACACCAAGUAAUGAAAGACCAGAACAACACAGCUGAGGUGUCAGUAACUGCUCUAAACGGUGACAGUGUUGCUUAUAGACGUCAAAAACGGACAAGAAAUGAGCAGGAAGCAAAUGAACCAAAACAAACUGAAAUCCUGCAAGAGAAUCACACACAAAAUAAUGGAAGCACACAUCAAAGAGUUAGAGGUAGAAAAGUUCAUUUUAAAUUUGAAGCCAGUUCUGAAGCUCUAGGAGAAGAAAGGAAUUUACCUGGGAACGAGGAAGGAAUGGCAUGCAAAAAUGAUCAACAUGAGGCUUCAGAAAAGCCUUUACAAGUAAGGAGGAGCAGAAGAAGGCAAGUUGAUUCCAUUCCACAAGCAGCUUGCUCUACCUUUAUGGAAAAGGAAACCUUAAUUAAAGAUCAUAGUAAAGAUGAGACUUUUGUAAAAGAUCAAGAUCCAGCUUUGGAAGCUAUUCCCUCUUCAACAGAAGAAGUUCCGCUGAGAGGCCGAAGAAGGCGAGAGGUUGCUGUAGCAUCACAAACAGUGAGUUCUCUUCCUCUCAGAAAAAAACGUGGGUUGCUAGAAGGUGAUGAUAAAAAGAUGACUGUGAAAGAAGAUCAAAAUCCAGCACUGGGAAAUAACACAGCAGAGGCAAAAAGUUCAGCUUCUCUCCGGAGAAAACGUGGCUUGUCAGAAACUGAUAAGGAGGAGAGUACUAAUGAGGAACAAAACAUGCUUUUGGAAUCUGCAUCCUGUGCAAAAGCAAAGCCAUUAGGAAGGGGCAGAAGGAAGGAAACUCCUCCAGUGUCACACACAACUAAUUGCAUUUCUCUUAGAAGAAAACGUGGCUUGCCAGCAGAUAAUGGUGGAGAAGAGGCUCCUAAAGAUCAAAAUGUUCCACUAGGAACAGUUGUUUCAGGUCUAAAAGAAGAUCAACAGAAAAGAGGCAGAAGGAAUGAAGCUGCCGUCUUGUUAGAAGCCACAAGUUCUACUCCUGCUCAGGGAAAACGUAGCUUAUCCAGAGAAAGCAGCAGAAAGAAUAAUCAUAGGGAAGCUAAAAAAAUGACUUCUGAAAAACCCCUUUCUGAAGAAAAAAUGGAUCUUUCAAAAGGGAACUCAGGGAAAAAGAUUAGUAUCACUUCACUGGCUGUUAGUUCUAGUUCACUUCAAGGUUUGCCACAAGAUGGUAAGAAUGAAACUCCAGAGGAGCAACAGGGUAUACUUUUGGAAGUAACCCCAUCAGCACAAGGAAAUCCAUCGAAAGCAGGCAGAAGGAAAAUAGUUCCUUCCAAAUCUGAAGAAACUAGUGCACCUUCUCUCAGGGAAAAGCUUGUCUUGCCUGAAGACAGAGGUCAAAAAGGAGCCCUUAAAGAAGGUGAAGGUACAGCUCUGGAAAACAAUUCAUCCCAGGAAAAACAUAGGCAACUGAGAAAUAAGAGGAGAAAUGUACAACUCAAAUCGGCGGCAGCUACUUCUCUUCGCCUUAAUGGCAACUUGCCUGAAAAUGGCAACAUUUCGGAAGCUCAGUGUUUGAAACCCACUGGUUCUGAAGAAAAUAAUCAGUCUGGAAAAGGAAACGAGGUUAACCCUACCCAACAGACAACUUCUCGCAGAAGAAAAUGUCUGUUGCCAGCAGAUGACUUACCACCCAAAAAAUUAAAAUCAGAGAAAAAUGAAAACAGAUCGCCAAAAAAAGGAAAAAGAAACAAAACUGAAGAAAAACUUGAAGGCGAUGCAAAGACAACUCAGGCUGCUGGAGGGACAAACAGGACAACACGAGCAAGCACAAGAGCAAGUGCAAGAAUGAGAAAAUAGGCUUAACAGUUGAAGAACCGGUUUUUAGAAUGAUUCAGUAACUAAAAUUGGAAUUUUUAAUGUGAAUGGACUUGCACUCAGUUCUUAAGUUCAGAUUUUGUAAAGCAGUCACUGAUAUUAUCAAAGUACCUUUCUUAAUGUGUUUACAGAUAUGACAGCGCCUGUUUUAGUAGAUAUGUGUAGUGGUUCCUAAACCAUAUAAUGCUUGUGUAGAAUGGGAAGCAGGAAAAUAAAUCUCUUAUACUCGUAUUUAUCCCCUUUUUUACGGUAAUGAGUGUAGUAGUCAGGAAGCCAUGAUACUUUACUGCCAGUUUAAUUGUAAGCUAUUUUCUGCUUCAAUUUUAUGUGCUUAAGUCUUAUUUUUUCAUUAAAGAUCUAUAAAUAUUCUUUUACAAACUAUAGAUUAAUCAGCAGAACUACUAUGAGAGAAAAUGUUAUUUUAAAAAAAAAAAUUACUGGGAAGUAUGGAUUUGUAAGCCAUUAAAUUUGUAAACAAUUUGGGACUUCUGUGUUUGGUGUUCUUAGGAAUAAUGAAGGAUGUAAUUACUGCUGUCCUCUUACAACCAUAUUUAAAGUAUUAAAAUUCUUUUUAGCCACAUGCCAUAAUUUUUGGAAGCGUCCUGUGGGUGCCUCUGAAAUUCAAGCAAUUCUCUUGUAAACAGGGCCACGCUGUGCAGUGCUUGUACGUGGAAGUGAGCACUGGGCGGGAGGAGCGGUGCGUGCAUGAGGCGGUGAUUUGCCCUUCUCAGCUGCAGCUGGUGUGGAGUUCUGAAUGGGGGUUGGAGAAUAUUUUCCAGAGGUCAGCGUCUGCGGCCUGUGGGUAAUGUUGGUGUGCACAUAUCUCAAAGGGUGGUAGCUUUCUGCUACUCUGUUAAAUGCAAAAAAAAAAAAA